AUGUCAUCGACGAGAGCGCGGCGGAGCGGCGGCCGGUGGCGGCACGUGACGGUGGUGGACACGGGGUGCCGGUGCCGCCCGCGCCGCGCGAGGCUGCCGUCCUUCCUCUGGCCGUCCACGAAGCCGCCGGUGACGAGGAGCAGCAGCAGCUCCCAUCCGUCAUCCUCCGCCUCCGCCCACGUCUACAAGCACCACCAGGAGCCGGUAGCGACGAAGAAGGUGACGGCAAAGGCGUCGGCGCCGGUGGCGACGAAGAAGGUGGGCAGCAAUCCGGCGAAAAGGGGGCGCGAGAAGAUGGCAGCGGCGGCCGGGGAGGAGGAGGAGGAGGACGUUGGCGUGGCGGUGGAGAAGGAGUCGUCGGACCCGCGGGCGGACUUCCGUGACAGCAUGGUGCGGAUGGUGGUGGAGAUGGGGCUCGGCGACUGGGACGGCCUCCGCUCCAUGCUUCGCCGCCUGCUCGCGCUCAACGCGCCGCGACACCACGCCGCCAUCCUCGCAGCCUUUGCCGAGGUCUGCGCCCAGCUAGCCGGCCCCUCGGAGUCUCCAGCGUCGCCGCCUCCGGCGUAUCAAUCAAUACACGCGUGA